AUGGCACCGAAACCCUCAGCGAAGUCCACAAACUCGCCAACAUCGACCGGAAAGGCCAGCUGGAAAGAUCACAAAUCGACUCCAAGACAGCCGCUAUCAACGCAGGAGCGCUUGAGACGCCUCUUCACCUCGCUCUGUGCCCAGAUUGACGGCGGUCAUUUCGGAAACGCUGUAAAGACAUGCGACAAAAUACUGCGGUUGGAACCAAAGGACUCAGAUGCCCGACAGACGAAGCUGUUCCUCUUGCUGCAGACCGAGCAAUACAACGCCGCUCUUGACCUCAUAAACUCUAACGAUGACAAGGAUAAACAUGCGUACGAACGCGCAUACUGCUUAUACCGACUGCAACGUGAAGCAGAGGCACGGGAGACUCUCGAGGUGAUCAAGAAGGAGAAGGGAGAAGAUGAUCGGGGUAUAGUUCAUUUGGAGGCACAGCUGAAUUAUCGCGAAGGGUCAUACCAAGAUGCGUUCGAAUUGUACAACCAACUUCUCGACACGGCCGAACCUAACUCGGAAGAGCAUUCAGACAUUUUGACUAACCUUCAAGCGGCUCAAAAGCACCUUGAUUUCAUUGAUACCGGGUUCCUACAGGCCGUUGAUGCCCUCCCAAGCUCAAUCACUUCCACCCUCCAGUCGGCUCCUCCACCCGUCCGACAGCAGGCCUCGGCUGCUUCUACAUUGGUUUCAGCGUCCGCCUCUUCCAAAACACCGGCUGACAACCAGGACAGCAAACCCGCUCCGAAGAAGGUGCGAAUGAAGCGUGUGCCCGCUGGGGUCAUCCCUGGUGUUACACCCCCGCCAGAUCCAGAGAGGUGGUUGAAGAAGAGCGAGAGGUCAACAUUCCAUCAAGGCAAGAGACGGAGGGGUGGUGGUGGUGCCACGCAAGGAAGCGCGACCGUGGAGAGCGUGCCUCCCCAAACUGGAAGCGGUAGCCACUCUUCUAAAGGUGCUGGGGGUAAAGGGAAGAAGAAAAGGUAG